GCAAUAAAUAAUAACUGUAUGCCAGCCAGUUAUCACUCCGACACCGCACCGCACGACAAUGCCGAUUCUAAAACUACUAACCAACUUGCCGAAGAAUCAGAUACCGAAGGACUUUGUGACAAAAAUCGUGCCCAUCCUGUCUCGGACUGUCAAUAAGCCACCUAGCAAAUUCACAUGCAUCGUGUCCAGUGAUUGUUGCCUGUCUGUUGGUGGGGAUGACUCCAAGCCCGGCGCGGUCGCCUCCCUGGAGUCCAUCGGGAAUCUCGGAGUUGACGCGAACAAAGUCAUCACCAAGGAAAUUUCAGAUUUUGUUGAAAGGGAACUAGGAAUUGAACAGGACAGGUUCAUCCUCACUUUCUACGAUUUACUGCCCUAUAACGUGAGCAAAGGAGGCAUCACAAUGGAUUUGGAAAAGAAAUAAUAUGUUUGCCCGAUUAGCUUUCUUGAAUAUAUAUAAUUCUUAAGAUCGAAAUAGUAUUUAUGCUUAUAAAUAAUAAUAAAACUUACACAUAAAA